AUGUCCAACCCGUUGGUGGAACGGAUCCUCAGCAACCCACUCUCGUUUGUUGCCGCCAAAAACCCAGAAAGGGAGGUGAACACUGACAAACCUGCCAGCUACGUUGUGCUCUCCAAGAAAUCUCACAAGUCGCCAGAACAGCCUGCGAUGGUGCGGAAAAAGCCCGUCAAACCAGAAGUCAGAAAACCACAGUCCAUGGCCGAGGCUAUUGCUGCCUACACGGGCCGCAAAUAUAUGACUAAGGCCGAAAAGAAGCGUGCCACACCUAAAGUGGUCAAGGCGAUGGAGUCUGAGUCGUCUGACGAGUCGCAGUAUGAAUCAGCCUCGGAGUUCCAGACCGACUCAUCAUUUCAGGGUUUUCGUAGUUCGAGCGAAGACAAGGAGAGUGGAAAGGAAAGCGAAAGCGGAAAAGAAAGCGAAAGUGGCAAGGAAAGCGAGAGGGAACAAGAAGUAGAAAGUGAGCCAUUUGAGAAGACCAGUGCCAGUGCAGAAACUGAUAGGGGACAUGAAAGCGAAAGCGAUAGCGAAAGCGAAAGCGAAAGCGAAAGUGAGGAAUCCGAAGAGUCCGAAGAGUCUGAAGAAUCUGAACAGAGCCCAGCUGACCAAGCAAAGGUACACUCGGAAGAUUUGGGUAGUGUAGUAGGCGAAACCAACAAUGAAGCGGCUAGUGGGAAUUUGGAAGAGGAAGAUGAGGAAGACGGAACUUUCGAAGAAGGCGAAGAGGACGACGACGAUGAGGGUAGCAGUUCAGAGGAGGAAAGCGAUGCUGACGACGAUGAAGAUGUAGAUGAGUCCGAUGAAGGCCACCAGAUGUCGCCGGAGAGCUUGCUCCAACUAAAAGAAGACCUUCUCACCGACGCAAAAAAGACGCCGCCAACGUCGCCAGAAGAUGAUACUACUCAGCAAUUGGCCAAGCCAGAGCAACACACAUCCCCGGAAACUCCGCCAGACCAUUAUGGGCUUGCUGAGGACAUCGAAGUAUCACCUUCUGCUAGAAUCUCCAAAAUCUGGAGCCAGAGCGAAAAGCCACUCAAACCUGUUGGUCUCUUGAACUUUGGAGUCACCUGUUACAUGAACUCUGCCAUCCAGGCCAUGGUACAUAUUCCUGCUGUCCAUCAUUACUUGCAAGAGGUUCACACUGGAAAACAUCCAGAGUUGAAGCCAAGAUCUGUCACGCAUACGCUUGCCGAUGUUUCUGCUAAAAUGUGGAAGUCAGAAGGUGGCCGUAAUGGUGCCCGAAAGUACGUCAAUCCUAAGAAGAUUGUGCAACGCUUGGAGGAUAUCAACUGUAUGAUGAGUGAGUGGCAGCAAGAAGAUUCUCACGAGUACUUUAUGAGCUUGAUGUCUCGUUUGCAGGAGGAUUCAACUCCCAAGGGCAGAAAGUUGAAUGAGUCCAUACUCUAUGAUAUAUUUGGUGGGGUGUUGGACCAAGAAGUGAUCUGUCAGAGCUGCCACACUGUGAGCAGAACAAAGCAGGAAUUGUACGAUCUUUCGCUAGGUCUUAACAAGAAGAAGAAGGCAGACAGCGAAAAUGCUCCUGCCAGCAGAUAUACCAUGGAGAAGAGCAUCCGUGACUUCUUUGGAACCGAGACCAUAAAAAUUGACAAGAGCGAUGCUUCCAGUGGCUACUAUUGCGAGAAGUGUAAGAAGCGUACGGUAGCUACCAAGAAGUCCACCAUCGAGAAGAGUCCCGAGACGCUCAUGGUGCACUUGAAACGAUUCAAGUUCAACGGCAACUCGCUGUCUAAGGUCAAACAGCCCAUUGUGUACCUGAAAUAUCUUGACUUGGGUCCCUACACUUCGCACAACGAGGCUUCCAAGUACCAACUCAUGUCGGUGAUUGUGCACGAGGGCCGUUCAAUUCUGUCUGGCCAUUACGUUGCCCAUUGUCUCCAGCCUGAUGGCACAUGGUCCACCUACGACGAUGAGUACAUUAACAAGAUCGAUGAGAGGGCAGCCUUAAGCGAUCCUUCAGCAUACUGUUUGGUAUAUACCAAGCUCACGCCCAAGAACAAGAGGCGGAGAACCGAAACGAAGGGUACGAAGAGAGCCAGGUUAGAAUAG